CGCAUUUUGGUUACAGACUCGAACCGGACCGGGUCCUGCUUAUUCAUCCUGAAGCAAAACGGCUUUUUCUCUUUCUCUAUAACGGACAGUGUGUUCUUCUUCUUCUUCCUUGAGAAUCUCUUCCCUCAAACCUCAAUUUGCAGUCUCUCAUCUUCAAAUACAAGAAAAUGGGGUUAAAGCUUCCUUUUUCAUUAACAAGCUUCUAGCUUCUGUUUCUCUCUCUUUCCAAAUGACAGUCGCGUAACUCUUACACUUCCCUCUCUAAAUCUAACGCCGCCCAUGGACCCAAAUCCACCACCGCAACAACCACCCUCCAAAACCCUACUUUCCUCCUCCGUUGCUCGUAUUGACAACUUCACGAAAAGAAAUUGCACCAUCAGCUCCGACGAAGCAUCGGAGAAUGCUAUCAGAGGAAGCAUUGCCCAAAGAAGAGCAGCCAAAAAUGGGUUCAAAGCGGUGAGUAUUAAUACUGCGAGGUUUCGGACCACCAGCCCCUUGGCUUCGCCGGCUGCCGCGGGGAUUCGAUCACCUUGUAUAACUAUUCCGCCUGGGAUUAGCCCCACCGCUCUGCUCGAUUCGCCGAUUAUGUUGCCCAAUUCUCAGCCUUCUCCCACCACUGGAACUUUUCCGUUAGUGCAUCUCAAUUUUGAAAGUACAAUGCUGAAUACAGUGAUUCCUGCUGAUAUGGACAAGGGCAGUAAUGCUGGUUCUUUCAGCUUCAAGCCUCACAAGGAUCCUGGUCCUGUGCCAGAUUUUGCUACAUUGGAAAAUCAGGGAAAUAAUGUUGAUUACCAAGCAGUUGUAUCGAUGAGAACAUCAUCGGCUUUUGAAUUCCCAGUAGAGUUUCCUAAAGAAGCUACCACAGAAAGCUGUGCUGGAGAUUCAGCCCCUGAUAUGAAAAUCUCAAAUGGCAUGAUUGCAAAUUCCAACUUCAGUGAUGUGCAAAUGGGUCAUACUGAUGUGGCUAGCAAUCAAACCUCUAUUCAAAUGGAACCCAUCCCUGGGGAAAAUGUCGGGACCCACCAUGCUCAGGAAGAAGAGAAAAGGACAUUACCUGCAACAGGAGUUGGAAGGAAUUCAGAAGAUGGCUACAAUUGGAGAAAGUAUGGACAGAAGCAGGUGAAAGGUAGUGAAUAUCCAAGGAGCUACUAUAAGUGUACCCAUCCAAAUUGUGAGGUAAAGAAAAAAAUAGAGCAUUCCUAUGAUGGCCAAAUAAUGGAAAUCAUCUACAAAGGUGCCCAUAAUCACCCUAAACCUCAGCCUAAUUGCCGAGCACAAGUUGGAUCAGCUUCUUUAUUUGAUGAGAUGCCAGAGAUGGUUGAAGGCCGUGAAACCUGUAGCAAAGUUGAAGUUGGAUCUGUCUGGAAAAAUUCAAAGCCAGUGCCUAAGGAUGUUAAAGCCGGUUCUGAUUGGAAGGCUAAUGGUAUGGAAAGGACGUCUUCAACAUCUGUUGUAACUGAGCUUUCUGAUCUGCUAUCAGCCACCCAUGGAAAAUCUACGGGCACAUUUAAAUCAGCAGGAACUCCGGAGCUUUCUUCCACACUUGUUAGCAAUGAUGAUGAUGACGAUGAUGGGGCUACUCAGGGAAGCAUAUCACUUGGAGUUGAUGCUGACAUCGAGGAAUCUGAGUCCAAAAGAAGGAGGAUAGAAAGCUGCUUGGUAGAAACAAGUCUGGCAUCCAGAGCUGUCCGUGAACCAAGAGUAGUUGUCCAAAUAGAAAGUGAAAUUGACAUACUUGAUGAUGGGUACCGCUGGAGGAAGUAUGGUCAAAAAGUUGUAAAGGGGAAUCCAAAUCCUAGGAGCUAUUACAAAUGUACAACUGCUGGAUGUUCAGUGAGGAAACAUGUGGAGAGGGCCUCCCACAAUCUGAAAUAUGUAAUUACAACAUAUGAGGGGAAACACAAUCAUGAAGUGCCAGCAGCCAGAAACAGCAAUACUGCUACCAAUACGCAGCCACCUUUGGCAUCAGCCGGAAACACCAACAGGCCAAAACCUGAGACACAAAUUCAAGAUUUUGGACCUGGUUUUGAUAGAAAACCAGUUUUUGACAAUGAUUAUUUGAGACACAGUUUUGGUGGAAGUUUCUGUAAUGAAAUGAAGCUUGGAGCUUCCUCCAUUUAUCCGCUGAAGUACCCAACCUUUCAACACACGAUGCCUUAUGGUUCUUUUGAGAUCAACUGCGGUGCCACCCAUCACUCUGGCUCUAUCGCUUCAUUUGUUCCAGAUUUUCCAAUUUCACUGCCAUCAAGUGUUCAUGCAUCUGCGAAUCUUUCUCUGGCUGGUGUCGAUUUUAAUUAUAAUAGAAAGCCAAUUGGUGAGAGUCAACCUUUGCUCUCGAGGCAGCAGUUGGUGAAGCCCAAAUUAGAGCAAAGGGAUGAUAAUCUUUAUGAUGCUGGGCAGUCCAGCAUUGAUCAUGUAAAUGCAUCUCGAUCAUCAUCAUCAGUAGUAUAUCAACGCAUCAUGGAAAACUUUCCAUCAUAGUCUUGCUUCUCAUAAAGUAGGGUCACAAGGGUUAAAAAGAAAAAAAGAAAAGAAAGGAAGACUCUGUUUGCCUUCAGUGAUUAAAGGUUUUUCUGUUUCAGUUCUGUUCUUAUGGUAAAUUUAUUUCUCAUUUCUACAGUAGUGCACUUUAUCUUAUAGAAAAAUGUAUACAGAUAUUUGUAUUAUUUUAUAUAGUUUCAAUUUUAUAA